GACAGAAACAGGUCAAGUUUGGAUAUCGGCGAGACGGGACGCGCAUCUUUGGGGUAUUCUGUGGAACUCUAUUGCAUAUCAAACAUUUGCAAAUGGCUAAUUUCGUUGUACUUUUACCCGUCCUGCUUAUGGCGAAACCAGUUGUAGGCUUUGGAAUAGAUCCUGACAUUCAAGUUGAUAUUAUCAAUGGACUGGACACGGCAAACGCAACAUUUGGAAUAACCCAAGUUGCAGGUCUUCACAACAACAGCAAAGCUUUCUUAUUUCGAGAUGCGGGGAGAGCAGUUCACGCACCAGUGCACCUCACAGACAAGGUGCUGGAGCUCUUUAGGAGUAAAACAGAGUUCACCUUCCUGGCCACCAUACAGCAGAAGUCCUCUACAUCAGGAGUCCUCUUCUCCAUCCACGAGUCGGAGCACAGCUACUUUGAGCUGGAAAGCAGUGGAGUGAGGGAGGAGAUUCGCUACCACUACCGUUUCAAAGGGAAGCCGCGCACCGAGUCCUUCCCAUACCGACUGGCUGAUGGGCAGUGGCACAAGAUUGCCCUGUCCAUUAGUGCUACCCACCUCCUGCUCCAUGUCGACUGUAACAGGAUAUAUGAGCGUGUGAUAGAUCCUCCCCAAAUGAAUCUGACCCCUGGUAGUGGAGUGUGGCUUGGGCAGCACAGCCACAAACAUGGCCUGUUCAAGGGGAUUAUGCAAGAUGUCAAAUUCAUUUUCGCACCAAACGGAUACAUAACCCAGUGCCCAAACCUCAACCGCACCUGUCCCACAUGUAGUGAUUUCUUAAGCCUUGUGCAAGGCAUCAUGGAUCUGCAGGAACUGCUGGCUAAAAUGACAUUAAAGCUGAAUUAUGCAGAGUCCAGGCUCACUCAGCUGGAGGGGUGCCACUGCGAGAGGACCUGCAGUGUGGGCGGCCUGCUAUACCGCGACAAGGAGCUCUGGGUGGAACCGGAGAACUGCAGGAACUGCGUCUGCAAGAAUGGUGUGGUUGAAUGCCGAAGAAUAUUCUGCCCCCCGUCAAACUGUUCUGAGAACUCCCUUCCUGUGCACGUGGAGGGAAACUGCUGCAAGAAGUGCCGACCUACAUGCAGCUACAUGGGAGACAUCUUGUCAGAAGGCCAGCGAGUUUUGACAAAGAGCUGCAAAGAAUGCAAGAAUGGCUUGAUGAUAAAAGUUGCUGAGAGCUGUCCUGUCCUCAACUGCUCGAUGGUGGAGCAGAUUCUGCCGGAGAACAGGUGCUGCAACGUCUGCAGAGGCCACGACUUCUGUGCUGAGGGAGUCGCUUGUGGGGAGAACUCUAUGUGUAAGAACCAAGACACCAAAGCGGAGUGUGCGUGCAGGAGCGGCUUCGCCUCCAUCCAUGGGGACUCCACGUACUGCGAAGAUAUAGAUGAGUGUGCAACCCAGAUGCAUUACUGCCAGGCGAACACCGUGUGCGUGAAUCUCCCCGGAGGCCACCGCUGUGACUGUCUGCCAGGCUUCAUCAGGGUGGACGACUACUCCUGCACAGAGCAUGACGAGUGUGCCAGUGAGCAGAGCUCGUGCGAUGACAACGCCAUCUGUACCAACACCAUCAGGGGCCACCUGUGCACCUGCAAGCCUGGUUAUGUGGGCAACGGCACCAUCUGCAGAGCUUUCUGUGAAGAGGGCUGCCGCAGUGGAGGAACCUGUGUGGCUCCCAACACCUGCGUCUGUCCCUCCGGCUUCACAGGACGUCUGUGUGAGACAGACAUCGAUGAGUGUGCCGAAGGUCUCAUCCAGUGUCAGAACCACUCCCGCUGCGUCAACCUCCCCGGCUGGUACCACUGCCAGUGCAGGAGCGGUUUCCAUGACAAUGGCUCCUACCUGCUGGAUGGGAGCUCCUGUGUCGACGUGGACGAGUGCGCCGCUCAGACACACACUUGCUGGAACGAGUCUGUGUGUGUGAACCUGCCGGGGGGCUACGACUGCAUGUGCACAUUCGGGCCGGAGUGCAGCGGGGACUGCCCCCACGAGGACGGCAUCAAGCGCAACGGCGAGGAGUGGAGCCUCGGACAGGACCACUGCUCCGUCUGCUCCUGCAAGGACGGACGCGUUUUCUGCCAGCGGAAGGAGUGUGACUGUGAGGACCCGGAGGCUGACCUGUUCUGCUGUCCCGAGUGUGACGGCCGCCUGAACAGCCAGUGCCUCCACCAGGGCGGCCACACGCUCUACCGCAGCGGCGACCUAUGGAUCUACAGCUGUCAGCAGUGCCGAUGCCUGGAGGGCGAGGUGGACUGCUGGCCGCUGGCCUGCCCCGUCCUGCCCUGCGAGUACACGGCGGUGUCGGAGGGGGAGUGCUGCCCGCGCUGUGUCACCGACCCCUGCCUGGCCGAUAAUGUGGCGUACGACAUCAGACAGACGUGCCAGGACCCCGCUGGCAUCACCCGUCUGAGCGGCGCCGUCUGGCGUUCGCCCAACGCGCCAUGCACCAUAUGCAAGUGCAAGAAUGGGAGCAUCUGCUGCUCGGUGGAGUUGGACUGCCUCCAGAACAACUAGGCAGCACGUCAGAGUGAUACCUCCUGCCCAUGGACCAGUGAGAUCAUCCUGUCUCAAGAGCCACCCUUAUCUUUUAGUCCUGUUUGCUUAUUUAUUUAUUUAUUUAUUUAUAUAUUUAUUUUAUUUAUUUUCAGGUUUUUUUUUUUUUUAGUCCCUGGUAUGGAACACAUCAGAAGGACUGUCACACAGGCAUCCACAGCAGGAGGGGAAGGGAGGAGUGGAGAGCUGCGUUAUCAGAGGAAAGCUGCCAGCAGCCCACACACACUCAGUUUGUGUGUGUGUAUGUGUGUGUGUGUAUAACAAUGUAAGGUCCCCACCAACCCAUCCACCCAAUCAUCCAACCCCAUCUCCGUGUGUGUGUGUGUGUCCUUCUCAGACUGUCCCUUCAGCUUUACAAAGCACCAACCGAAAUGAAGCAUGAUUGCUCGACCAUGAACUCACAAGAUGGGUACAAUUAACCAAUUAAAUCUCUCGCUUUUGUUUUCCGCUCUUUUGAAACUCUCUUUGCUAUUGCUUUGCCAUUUACAUUCAGCUGCAAGAACACGACUUGGAGUCGAGCUGGAUGUUUUGCACGUCGCAAUCAGCACCACGGUUCUAAAUGGCCCUCCUCUAAAUUGUCUGGGGUCAUUGAUGCCAUUUGUUGGCAGAUAAAGACGCUACGGUGAGCGGUUAGCGGCCCGUGCAGAAUAACAGAUGAACCCUGUCCUUCCGGUGCGCUUCUCCUCGCACAGGUUCCUCUCAUUCCCCAUGCAGACGUGUUUUUAAUAGAGCGACAAGGUCCCUUGAUUUCCAAAGAGCAUUAGCAUGUCCCUGACUGAUAACGGUGUGACUGCGCGGCGGAGAGAGAAAGCAUAAUUAAGGGCGCGUCAUGCAGACACAGGCCUUCAUAUGCCAGCGGUUCACAAGGGGUCAGUCCUGUUUGCGUACCGGCAGACUUAUUAGGAGGGAGAAGCGAGUGACCUCUGGCUUCCGCGCUGCCUCUUGCCUCCUCAAAUCCUGUCCGCUCUAUUAUACGGCCGUGGCGCUGAGAAAAAACAAGCCAUGAGAAACGCCACAGUGCAGUACGGUGUGUGUGUGUGAUUGUGUGUGUGUGCGGCCUUCCCUCAUGACAUGCAGACAGGCUUCCAUUUCUAGAAAGAUCCAUGUUAGCAUUUGAAGUGCCACACUUGACGGCGCUUGGAAACGAACCUUACGUUGUCAGCUAAUGUGAUUGCUUUGUCUGUUCCUAUGACCCCCAUCACUCUGGCUGAUUUGUUUUCUAAUUCCCUCCGUCCACACUUGUGUGUAUGAUUAACCUGAUGAGAUAUCUCCAUAUGUGCUGUACUACAGCAAGCGAAGAGGGAAGUGUUUUGUAUGGCAGCAGAGCAAUGUUGUUUUAACUGUUUUUGAUAUUGUCAUGAAACUAUUUGUGGUAGAAAUGCACCACUGUGCGUAUGCACGUUGUUUGUGUGUAUGAAUCUGUACGUAUGUAUGUUUGUAUGUAUGCAUGUGUCUGUCUCGGACAAGGUGUGUUUGUGAGUAUGUGUUUGUGUGUGUGUGGGUGUGUGUGUGGGUGUGUGUGUGCGUGCGCGCACACGUUUGUAAAAUGUGUAGCAUUUGCAUAGCUAAACCCUUUGUGUAUGAUCUGUGCCCCAAAGCUUAAACAGCAAUUGAACUCUUUGUUUUGCUAAUAAAUGUUAACUGAAAUAAAAGAGCCGAAAUCUAUUUCAGUGUUGGAAACUCCUACUCCUCCUACUCCACAUACUUUCGGGGGGCUCAACUCAAGUGUACAUAUACAGGGAAAGAAACCAUGUCUACUUUUAGGAAUCUGUCCCUGCAGAAUAAUAUUCUGGUGGAGUGGUGUGGAGUAAGAUGACCAUCUUUUGAUAUUUCCUUGGAUUGAUGCUUUUUUUUUCUUAAUGAGCUACAUCGUUCUUAUUCUAGAUGAAAGAUUUCUCUCCUUGUAAAUAAGAUGUAAAGCCUGGGUCUAUGUAAAGUAAAUAAAGCACUAUGCGAACCAUUUUGUCCUCUACACAUUCUAUAGGUAUGUUUUUGUUUAUCAUUGACAUCACUGCCAUUGGCACCAAUGAUACUGUUUAGUUUGUUUAUUUAUGAUUGCCUUAAUCCAUGAUACUUUUCAUUGUCUAAAGCUAAGGCCACACUACAACAGCAGGGAAUGUGUGCAAUGUCUUCACCCCCCCACCCACCCCCACAUCAAUCAUUUAAAAGAGCUGGGUUAUUUAUUAGAUGCAAGAGUUGAAAUAUAAUGUAUAUUGUACAAAUGUUUAAAUUCUCUCUGUUGUUCUUAUUUAAACAAAGUCGGAUUUAAAUGAAUCAAAACACUACUUUUGUUCACCCACUCUGAACCCCCACCCACCCUUCCCCUUCAAAUCACAGAUUGUGUGACCUCACAUAUCCCCAAUGUGCUUGUGUAUGAUUUGAAUAGACCUCAAGGGACAUGUGUCCAUUUACAUUGUUAAUGCUCUUAACAAAUUUCACAUUCUUAAUUGUACUUACAGGGUUAAGUGUCAUGACUUGGAGACUGUGUCGUGUUAAGAUUCUUCUGUACAUUUCUCCAUUAAUAAAUAUUUUAGUUGUAUACUUUCA